GUGCUUUGCGGCAAUGAUGUCAGAUGGCGCGGGAAGCUGAUGAACGCAGAUGUAGUGCGAAAGGCUUCAGGUACUGGUAGCGGAGUCCGUGUCAUGACCCAGCAGUUUAUUGCUUAAACUUCUUUUUUUGUUUUCGCAUUUUUUUUCUCUUGCGCCUACAGAAAGAGUAGUUUCUCCAGGGCAUCACGUCUGAAACUAGCAGAAAGGCCUUGCCCUUACAUACAGUGCUGCCUUGCCCUUUACUUGUUGCUACUUCCGUUCUUUGGGACACCUCUGGCCUCGGGAUCGUCACCGCUCCGGUUGGUCGGGUCCCCGCCGGCUCCCGUAUUGGUCCCCUGGAUGCCGGGCGAGGCUGGCGGGCCUCUGGGCGCUGCAGUCUGCGCCAUGGAGCGGAGCGGGGCCUCCCCGCCUGCAGCGCCGUCGCCCUCCGACCUCGGGCGCGCCCUCGCCGGAAUGUUGGUUCGUCUGACCGGCCAGGAGGUGCGACGGCGCAGCACAGGAGACGACGCUUUGGAAGACCUCAGUGCUCUAUUAGAAGCCACAGAAUGCGACAGAUUGUUUGGGAAGAGUGGUGACCCCCAACCCCAAAUGCCCGAGAUGCUGGGGGAGGUGGCAACAGCCCUGGAGAAGUACGCAGCCCCGCCCAAAGAGAAUGGAGCGGGAGAGCACGGUUCCUUCGAGGUGGCCGAGAAAGCAGCAGAAGUUGGACUGCUAUUUCUUAAGCUCCUGAGGAAAGUGGAGGCUGCCAAGAAUUCUCCUGUCUGCCCUGAGUGGAGGACAGGCCUGCGUCACUUGGCAGGACCCGUCUAUGUUUUCGCCGUCACACACAGCUUAGAGCAGCCCUGGACCAGCCCACGGUCUCGGGACGUAGCAGGACAGGUGCUCGCUUUGCUGCUGCAGGUUACUGAUUGCAAGUCUGCGGCAGGUUUCCUCCGCGGGGAAGACGAAGAAGAGAAAGGUAGAUUUACUGUGAUCCUGGGGCUUCUCAAACCCAGCUUGAAUAAGGAAUCCUGGAAGAAUAACCCUGCGGUCAAACACAUUUUCUCAUGGACUCUGCAACAGAUCACUCGGCCCUGGCUGAACCAACACCUUGAAAGGAUACUUCCCCCAUCGUUGCUCAUUUCAGAUGAUUACCAGACUGAGAACAAAAUCCUAGGUGUGCGCUGCCUGCAUCACAUUGUGCUUAAUGUGCCGGUUGCUGAUUUGCUGCAGUUUAACAGAGCCCACGUCCUUUAUCAUGCCCUUUUCAACCAUCUGUACACACCAGAGCACCAGCUCAUUGAGGCUGUGCUCCUGUGUCUGCUGGAUUUAUUCCCUGUCCUGGAGAAAGCCCAGCGCUGGAAGGGUGAUGGGGUUCGACCAACCACACACUGUGAUGAGGUGCUGCAGCUCAUGCUGACCCACAUGGAGCCAGAGCACCGCCUGCUCUUGCGCAGGACCUACGCAAGGAACCUGCCAGCCUUUGUGGGAAGAUUGGGGAUCCUAAGUGUCCGGCACUGGAAGAGGUUAGAGAGAGUCAUCGUUGGUUAUCUGGAAGUGUAUGACGGACCAGAGGAGGAGGCCAGGUUGAAGAUACUGGAAACCCUAAAGCUUCUCAUGCAGCAUACCUGGCCCAGAGUUGCCUGCAGACUUGUGGUCUUACUGAAGGCUCUCCUGAAACUGAUCUGUGACGUGGCGAGGGACCGGAGCCUCACACCCGAGCCCGUCAAGGACGCCCUGCUACAGGAGGCCACAGGCUGCCUGGUUCUCCUGGAUCACUGCUGUCGAGGGCAGGUGAAGGUGCUGUCCCGAGCCUCCUAUGAGCACAGGCAGGACCUCUGCACGGUGACCAGACUAUGGGGCCGAUUGCUGGGAGGAAGAAGACCUGGUCUGCACAGAUGGAUGCUGAAGGUGUGGCCCAGAAGCAUUUUCUCCCUUCCAGCUCCUCUCUGGAACUCACUGGAUGCUGUGAGCAGCUGGUCGGAGCCAGCUGAGUUUGGACUGAAACCUCUACCAAGUGGGAGUCAAAAUAAACCCCUCCUCUUUUAGGAUGUGGGUGUCAGGCACUGUGUUUCAGAGACUAGGAAAGUAAGUAUGAUCAGGCUACUUAAAGACACUGAGGAAAAGGGGCUGGGGAUUUAGCUCAGCGGCAUAAGCGCCUGCCUUUAAAGCAGGCAAUCGUGAGUUCGAUCCCCGGUACCGAUAAAAAGGGAAAAAGACAAAAAAAAAAAAAAAAGACACUGAGGAAAAAUCCAUCUAAUGAGAACAUUCUUACAAUUCUAAUAUGCUUGGUUAGAAGGCUUAGACUUUGCUGAAGGUGAUGUAAUAUUAGGAUUUUGACAACAUUUAGCAACAUUAAGGUUUUGAAUUCUCACACACUGGACAAACAUCAGGAACUACCGAUAAGUUACAGAUCUCUAUUCUUUUACCCUUCACUAUGUAUAUCCCCAGAGCAAUCAUGUUUUCAUCACCUGCCGUGGAAGUCAUAUAAAAUGGGAAAAAUCAGAUGUAAGCACUAACUCUGUUAUCCAUUAGUGAACAUUACCUACUAACAAUUCAGAUGGAAGACUGACUAACCUCCUCAUUCGUCCUCUGUCCACUGUCCUCUCAAGGAAAAUACAGAAACUAUGAUUAUCAGAAUAGUAACUUACCUCUCUUCUCUUCUCCCUGCGCUCCACCUUCUUACUCAAAGGAACAAGUUUUCUCCUAGGAGAAAUAUAUCACAUUAUCAGAAAACACGGGUUCACCUGCCAUGUGUUCCUUUUAAAAGAUAAAAAAAAGGACAGGAAGUGGUUCUGUGGGCUCAGGUCAAGAGCAAGAUAUCCUGCUUACAAGCUCUAGAAAAGGGUAAAGUUCUUACAUUCCUGUUUAUUCACAUUUUGGGGAUUACUUCCAAAUCUCUCAUGUUAACAUACACCUUUAAAAUUUCCUUAUCUUAGCGUACCAUAAAAGACAAUGUACAAUGCUGAAUCGGACAGAAAGGAUUAUUAGAGGAUUUAUAUGCUCUAUGGAAACAGGAUAGAUUUAAAAGUAAACAACUGAAUGCUCCAAAUACUUACUGUCGCUUUAGUGUAAGUUUUCUAAUUCGGAUUAGAUACUGGGUUAUCUUGGUGAAUCUCUGCUUACACUUGUGUCGAAUGAAGCGGGGCCAGUAAAUCAGAUUUUCAUCAAUUUGCUCCAGUGCUUUCUCAUAGUUUUUACUAAGCCGGACCUGCCAGACCAAAAAAAGGAAGCUUGUGGGGCCAGGGUAAAUGACUGAUUGUGCUUCCCCAUCAACACUGUUUAUGGGGGUCAAAUGGGGAUGCUUCACAAGUUUAAUCUAGACAUGGGCAAAGAAGAGGGAAAACCAUGUCGCACUUUUGGUGUUGAUCAAUGGUCAUCAUAGUUUUAUGGUUAUAUCUUACCCGUUCCCAGAGACGCCUAGGAAAAGCUGCUCGUUCUAUAACCUUCAUAUACAAGUAGCACUGUCCUAAAGCAUAAAAUAGAAUACUCUUAAUAUUAUUUUAAGGAUUAAAGAACAUCUUUUUAAAGGAUGUUUAGUAGUUCUCAUGGAAGUUAAAACCAGGCAGUUACCUUUCUCUUCUUUGACAGUGGCAUACUGACUGUUUGCCAGGGGACAAGAUGACCGAUUACACAGUCCAGUCAGGCUAUAUUCAUUUCUGCAAAAGCCUUGAGUCUUAGUUCUAGGACGGGAGGAAAGAAACAAAGAUUAUAAAAUGGUUAUCAAGAGAGCAACUAAAAGAAUUUUUGUCUAAGAUGCCAACCUAGACCCACCUUAUUUUGAAGGAACAAAAUUGCUUAUUUCCCAGUGUAUCCCAGAUAACCUGCAAGACACAGAAAACAAUCCAUUUCAGUUGCUCUGGCCCACCAGAUGCCGCAUGAAGUCAAAAAAGACAGUGCUCUAGGGCAGUCCCUGCUUUACUAAGGAGAGGAAUCUUUAAGGAAUGAAGUUAGAAAUACUUUGUAAGAAAGCUUGACUUGAAUUAAUAACAAUAAUGUUCUCACUACUCAGAUUAAAUUUCAUUAGUAUUCUGCAAUUUUCCAGAAUUUUUUCUAUAUGUGUCCAUCCAACCAACUGUAAUAUGCCUAUGUAUUUUUAAUAAAAAUACAUCUACUUUGCAA